CAAGACCAAGACCGAGUAGGAGUGAACGCUGAGGUCACAAGAAGAAGAAGAGGAGGAAGUAUCAGCUGUUCUUUGGUGGUGGUUAUUGCCAGCCUGUGAUUUUCAUCUUUUUUCGUUGUGCAGUUAUGGAAUCCCAGUUCAUUGAUGAGGGGUUCGUCCGGACAGACCAAAUAACUGAUUUAUGGUCAUUCCUACAAACAAUUGAUUGGAGUGAAGGAUGGCUGGUUGCACUUGUGGUGUUCCACAUUCUCCUCACCACUGUUACCGUGAUGACACGUAACCACCACACCACUCAGGCUGUUCUCUUCUUCUUGCUGUUGCUCACAGUGCGUUCUUCUGAAACUAUCAACCAGUAUGCUGCAAAGAACUGGCAGUCAUUCAGUCGGCAGCAAUAUUUUGACUCCCAGGGACUGUUCAUAAGUGUAGUUUUCUCCAUGCCUGUCCUUUUCAACUGCAUGAUGAUGGUGAUGAACUGGUUGUGGUUGAGCAGCAGCAUGAUGGUGACAUGGAAGAAAGCUGAACUGGAGGCCAGAGCAGCAAGACAAGGCAGCUCAUACAGAGAAAAAUCUAGUCAUUCAGUAAAAUCAUCUGCAGAAGCUAAGAAGAACAAGUGACUGCUUCUCAGGGCAAUUCAUGAUGCCUUAUGCUGCUACAGAGGUCAAGGUUUGUUAUUCAUUAUAAUCUCAGAAGUUGGCCUCAGUUCCUAACUUAAAUGACAUUGCUUUUAGUAGUGUACUUGGAAAUUUAUGUUUUGAAUUAUGAAACUGAUAUAUUACUUAAGUUUAAUUUGCACCAUAUAUUUCAGUGGUUUUCAUACUUGGAGAUAUAUAUAUAUAUUUUAAGUUAUGAAACUGCUAUAUUAUUCAAAAGUGUUAUUUGCACUGUAUGUUUGAUAUGUUUUAUCAAAGCAAUGUAAGUAUAAUUCAAUGCAAAGGAAAAGAUCAUCAAGAUGGAAGGAUGUUUGAAGUGAGUAAUGGAUAUUCUUUACUUUAGUCACA